GUGACAACUCAGGACGGUGGAGAGAAAGGGUGCGAUUGUCUUUGUAAGCGGAAAAGAACUCAUAUAUGUAUGGUGAGAAAGCCGCAUGGUCAGUGACGAUGAAGUCUUCCCAGAAAAGUUGUUCAAUAAUUUGUUUGAUAUUAUCUUUGUUAAUGAGAGAGAGCCAAGCAUCCCAUCUAAUGGGUGUGGAGGUUGUGAUGGUGGAAGCAGUAGUUUGUGAUGUGGAAUGGUGCGAGGAUGGGAGAGGGAUUUGGCUGAGGGUGAUGUCAUCCAAUCCAAGGAAUGGGAGUAUAACGGUUGCAGGUUGUGAUGAAGAUAGAGGGUCUGAAGCAGAGGAUGUUGUAGAAAUUGUGCGAGAAGCAGAGGCAGUGGCGAGAGUCGAAGUGUCGGAUGCCGAAGCAACAAGAAGUUGGAUAUUAGCAGUAGUGGUCGAUGGUGAGGCCUCGACAGUUGUUGGGGUGGUGGAUGUCAGAGUGCAAGCGACGAUGGAUGCGGCCGUGAUAGAAGGGUUUGUGGGCAGUGUCAUGGUAGUCGAACGGAGUACCGAGGUGGUGGUGGAUGUGUCGAGAAGGGGUGUCGUCGAUGCUGUUGAGGCUAGAACGGGUGUAGAUGUUAUCAAUGUUGUUGUCGAUGUAGGCAUUGUUGUGAUGUCAGGAGGGCGAAGCGGAUAUGUGCAGGAUCGCCGACUCUGGAGGCGGCAUCAUAUAGUUGCCCGUGCGCGAAUGGUGGUGGGUGCAGGUCAAUGCCAGCGUGUCUGACCGAUUGGUCUUGGGAUUUGUUCACAGUGAUGGCGAAGGCGGGCCGGAUGGGGAACUAACGUCUUUGCCAUGGGAACGGG